AUGACCACUAGCAAAGAAGUAAACUUUGCUGGUGGUCAACGAGAUCCUGCCCUUAGAUUUGGAGGACCUUCUCGCUGGAAGGAAAUUUUUCCCAUUGCUAAUGGAGACCGUCAAUCUCCCAUUGAUAUCCAAACUCAGCAGACCAAAUAUGACCCCGCUCUUCGUCCUCUCUACCCUAACUACGACCCUACUUCUGCUAAAGUCAUCCUCAACAAUGGACACUCUACCAGUGUGGAAUUUGAUGACACUGAAAAUAAAUCAGUGCUGAGAGGGGGUCCGCUCACUGGAAGCUACAGGCUGCGGCAAGUUCAUUUCCAUUGGGGGCCCAGUGAUGACUUAGGCUCUGAGCAUGCGGUGGAUGGAACAAAAUUUGCUGGAGAGCUUCACGUGGUCCAUUGGAAUGCAGAUAAAUAUUCCACUUUUGUUGAGGCUGCUCGCCAGCCAGAUGGACUGGCAGUCUUGGCUGUUUUCUUAAAGUUAGGUGAAUGCAAUUCGCAGCUGAAGACAAUCACAGACCAUUUGGAUACCAUUAAAGUUAAGGGUAAACAGCGCAGGUUCACCAACUUUGAUCCUUCUUGUCUGCUGCCUCACUCUCUGGACUACUGGACGUACCUUGGCUCCCUCACUGUUCCUCCUCUUCUUGAAAGUGUCAUCUGGAUUGUACUUCGGGAGCCUAUAAAUGUUUGCUCUGAACAGCUAGCCAAGUUUCGCAACCUCCUUUGCACCGGGGAGGGAGAGGCUGCCUUCUGCCUGCUGAAAAACUUCAGGCCACCACAGCCUUUAAGAGGCCGGGAAGUGAGAAGAAAUUAAAGAAGACGGAAAGGAAGGAUAAUUCACAGCCAUAAUUGAGCUCAUUUAGGGAUUUAAAUGUAAUACCUUAUUAUUAAAUACAAUACUUUAUUUU